AUGAGGAUAGCAUGUCGAAAUACAGAGGAGGUGUGGGUAACGGGAAAGAAUAAAACCAUUACUCGUAUCAACAUACAGGGUUCUGUACAGGAGACUGUUACCUUUCAGAAUAAUCCUUGUGAUAUUUCAGUUUCAAACGAAGGAUAUUUGCUAUACAUUGAUAGAGUAAAUCGAGUAAUUAAUGAUGUCCACCAGACAACAGCAAAGUUCACAACAGCACAAGGAUGGUAUCCAUUAGGACUGUGUUGUACACAAUCAAGAGACUUACUGGUCAGUAUGUGUACACAUAAUUAUGAACAUUAUAAAAUUGUCAGUUAUGAAGGUCAAACAAUAAAGCAGGAGAUAGAGAAGGACAACAAAGGUAAACCGCUAUAUAAAAGAGGUGAAAUGAUGCUCUUUGUGACGGAAAACAACAACGGGGACAUCUGUGCCUCUGAUUGCAAUGGUAAAAAAGUCGUUGUAGUGAAUAAGGCAGGAAAACUUCGAUUCCAAUAUAAAGGACAAAAGAAGAUGAAGAAACAGUUUGAUCCCGCCAGUAUUGUCACAGAUUUCGAGGCUCGUAUAAUAGAAAAAGUUUACGGUAAUUCCUGUACCCACAUCAUUGAUCAGGAUGGUCAAUUUCUCCGUAUUCUGGCUUUUUGUGGAGCACUGAGUCUGGACACACUGGGACGACUGUGGGUGGGGGAUAAUGAUGGUGGAAGUGUUAAGGUCAUCAAAUAUACAAAUUAA